AUGAUGCAAUUUGAUAAAAUUAUGGCAGUUGUAGGAAUUAACGGAUUUGGAAGAAUAGGCAGAAUGUGUCUCCGCGCUUGCCUCGAGAAAAACAUUGAGGUAAAAUUAAUUAACGAUCCGUUUCUCACAACCGAGUAUAUGAUAUAUCUCUUUAAACAUGAUUCUACUCACGGGCCACAUCCUUUAUCUCUGGAGUGCGACAAUGAAUAUAUAAUUAGUGGUGAGACAAGAAUCGCCACGUCGCAAGAGAAGCGACCAUGGAAAAUACCAUGGAAGAAUAAUGGAGUGACAUACGUAAUAGAAGCUAGCGGAGCAUUCACAACUCUUGAGAAAGCCAGUUUGCACAUCGAUGGCGGCGCAAAGCGAGUUAUUAUCACCGCACCGUCGAUCGACGCACCGAUGCUCGUUUUCGGAGUCAAUCACACUUGUUACAAUCCCAAAAGAGAUUGUGUCAUUUCUGCCACAUCAUGUACCACAAACUGUGCAGCUCCAAUCGUCAAAAUCAUGCACGACAACUUCGAGGUUCUCGAAGCUAUGAUAACCAGCAUCCACGCGGUGACAGCGUGCCAAAAUACCGUGGAUGGUCCAAUAGAGAAGCUUCGACCUACGGCAUUGUGGAGGGACGGUAGGGGCGCUCUCCAGAAUAUUAUUCCGACCGCGACCGGCGCGGCCAAGUCAUUAGGAAAAAUUAUCCCCGAGCUGAAAGGCAAGAUUUCCGCCAUAGCGUUCAGGGUACCGAUCCCCAACGUUUCAUUAUGCGAUAUGACAUUCAGGGUCAAUAAACCGACGACGUACGAGGAGGUGAAAGAGGCGAUGAAAGAAGCGGCGGAGGGGCAACUGAGAGACGUGCUGGGAUACACGGAGGAAGACUGCGUGUCAUCGGACUUCAACCAUACGACUUAUUCUUGUGUGUUUGACGCCAAGGCGGGCAUUCCGCAGACCAGCACUUUUAUUAAGAUCGUCGCCUGGUAUGACAACGAAUACGGUUACGCGUAUCGUAUAGCCGAUCUGGUUCAAUACCUGUUUAACGCCGAUUCCGGUAAUGUUCCUGUAACUGGACAAGUUCUCGAGCACGGUGAUGAUUAAGAACAACUUAUCAAGUUAAAACUUCAAACUUUUGCAUGCAAUUGUAUUCUAUUUUAAAUCCUUACAAAUAUCUUAUAAUUAAUGCAGUUAUAUAAAAAAAAACUUGUCA